AUGGCCUUAUGCUGGAACUGUCGGGGGCUUGGGACCCCCCGGUCAGUUGGAGCGCUACACAAUCUGGUGCGGCGCUGGGAUCCCGAGGUGAUCUUCUUAACGGAAACAAAAAAGAAGAUUGCUGGUAUGAAGAAGGUAAAGCUAAAAUUGGGUUUUGUUAAUGGUUUCCAUGUUCAAAGACAAGGGAGAGGAGGCGGAUUGACCAUGUUUUGGAGGAAAGAAGUCAAUCUAGAGAUUAAGAGUUAUUCGAAGUACCAUAUCGAUGUAGUAGUAACAGAGGAAGCUUUUGGUUUCAAAUGGAGGAUAACAGGCUUUUAUGGCCAUCCUGAACACAUCAGAGGAAAGAAUCUUGGUGAUUUGGGUUAUUCUAGUUUUAAUUUUACCUGGUGUAACCAACAAGAGGGAAAUAACAGAAUUUAUUUGAGGCUGGAUAGGGCUUUAGCUACUCAGGAUUGGUUAGAGCACUUCCCAAGAGUAAGACUGCAGCAUCUAGAAGAUACAACGUCUGAUCAUUGUCCUAUCCUUCUUACCGAUUCAAACAGCUCUCAUGGGCAUGGAAAACGUAGAUUCUUUUUUGAAGCUAUUUGGGCCAAAUGGUCUGAUUGUAAGGAGUUGAUUGAAGAGAUUCCGAGAAAGAUAAAAGAGAAGCAAGCUACUCUAAGUGAGCUAACCAAAAAGGAUACGGCAGGGCAAAAUGGGGCUGAAAUCAAUGGGUUAAGGAAGGAAAUUAAUACCUUGUUGGAUGAUGAGUUGUGGUGGCAACAAAGGUCAAGGGUGCAAUGGUUGGGGGAAGGUGAUCGUAAUACAAAUUACUUUCAUCAUCAUGCUUCAGAGAGAAGGCGCAAGAAUAUAGUAGUCGGUUUGUGGAAUGAUGAAGGUGCAUGGUGUGAAAGUAAGGAGAGUAUAAUCAGGACAGCAAUUAACUACUUUGAAGAUAUCUACACUUCCACUCACCCGACACGUGUGGAGGAGGUAACUGACCUAAUCCCUACCAAAGUGACCGCGGAAAUGAAUGCUACACUUACUCAGGAGUUCACUGUCGAGGAAGUCAGAACAGCUUUAGGACAAAUGCACCCGACCAAAGCGCCUAGCCCAGAUGGUAUGUCAGCUUUAUUUUAUCAGAAAUAUUGGGAUAUUGUAGGCCUUGAUGUUGCUAAUAUGGUGUUAAAUGUACUUAAUUCGAAUGCAUAUAUAACUGAUAUCAAUAACACUUAUAUAACAUUUGUUCCUAAAGUGAAAAUGCCUAAUAAAAUGAAAUAUUUUCAUCCCAUCAAUCUCUGUAAUGUAGCUUACAAACUGUUAUCCAAAGUGCUGGCCAACCGCCUCAAAACUGUGCUGCCCCAAAUAAUCUCUGAAAAUCAAAACGCCUUCCUCUCAGAGAGACUAAUCAUUGACAACGUUCUUGUUGCUUUCGAGCUAAUGCAUCACUUGGAGCAUAAGAAGAGUGGAAAUAAUGGCUAUAUGGAGGUUAAGCUAGAUAUGAGCAAGGCCUAUGAUCGGGUCGAAUGGGAUUUUAUAGAAAAGGUAAUGAGGAGGAUGGGUUUUCAUGAAAAAUGGAUUGGAUGGGUGCUGAAAUGUAUUACAACUGUCUCAUACUCUAUUCUAAUUAAUGGGGAGGCUCAUGGCAACAUCUCUCCAACCAGGGGACUAAGACAGGGGAAUCCCCUCUCCCCCUAUUUGUUUCUCCUCUGUACGGAAGCCUUCUCUACCCUUAUAGAUGAUGCUAGUAACAGACAAAAGCUCAAUGGUGUCUCCAUAUGCAGGGGCUGCCCUAGUGUCACACAUUUAUUUUUUGCGGAUGACAACCUGCUUUUUUGCAAGGUUGAUAGGAGGGAAGUUAGCAAGCUUUUGGAAAUCCUUGAUCUCUAUGAGGCAGCUCUAGGGAAAAAAAUCAACACAGAGAAGUCCUCAUUGACCUUUAGCCACAAUACCUCUCUUGAAACCAGAAAUGAGGUCCUGGGCACCUUGGGACCAAUGCAAGACUCAAGGCGAGGGAAGUAUCUCAGCCUCCUAUCAGUAAUUGGCAAGUCGAAGAAUCAAGUCUUUGCAGAAAUAAAAGAGAAGGUGGGGAAAAAACUCUUCGGAUGGAAGGAAAAAAUGCUCUCAAUGGGAGGGAAGGAGAUUUUAAUCAAAGUGGUUACACAGGCUAUACCUACGUAUACCAUGAGUUGUUUUCAACUCCCAAAAGGGUUAUGUGAGGACUUGGAAAGGAUGGAAAGGAAUUUUUGGUGGGGGCAAAGAGAUCAAGAAGCUAAAAUGUCUAUGGUUAGUUGGGGAAAAAUGUGUAAACCAAAAGCACAAGGGGGUAUGGGCUUUCGUAACUUACAAGCAUUCAAUCUAGCAAUGUUAUCUAAGCAAGCAUGGCGAAUCCUCACGAAUCCUCAUUCCCUGAUCGCAAGAAUAUACAAAGCUAAGUACUUUCCCUACAGUGAUAUCUUAGGAGCAAAGCUUGGUUGCAAUCCUUCUUAUGCGUGGCGGAGCAUAUACAAUAGCUUAGUAGUAGUUAAGAGGGGUACAAGAUGGCGGGUAGGCAAUGGUAAAAUGAUUCACGUGGACAAAGUGAUGAGGUUUUUCCUCCCCUUUGAAGCUGAAACCAUUCUGAACAUUCCCCUUAGCUACAGUCUACCGGAAGAUAGUAUUAUGUGGAUGGGGAAUAAGCAUGGUGUUUUCACUGUCAAGAGUGCAUACUAUGUUGCUCUUCCCCUUGUAGAAAAAUUUGAGGCUGGGGAGUGCUCAACUAGUGACUGCAGGACUCACUUGUGGAAGAAAAUGUGGCAGCUAAGGCUCCCUGCCAAGAUCAGAAUUUUUUCUUGGAAAGCUUGCAUGGACGGACUGCCUACUAGGCUUAAUUUGGCUAAGCAUGGACUGAAUAUUGAAGCCAGGUGUCCACUUUGUGAGAAAGCCUUUGAAAGCACUAGCCAUGCUCUAAUACACUGUGAUAAGCUUAGGGAGGUGGUUCAUGAGUCAGGUGGCUCUUCCCCCUCCCAAAUUUGGAACAUUGCAAGGCGCACCUGUGAGGAUUAUAGAGAUGAUGUUGCGUGUUGCAUUUUGAAACAACAACCACCUGAUGUGGGUUGGGUGGCUCCCCCGCCUGAAUACUAUAAAAUAAAUGUUGAUGGUGCUACUACAGGGCAGAGGAGUAUGUCUUGUGGGGGUGUGGUUAUCCGAGAUAGCAGGGGCUUGGUGAUUGCUGCGGGUAGCAAAGUCUUGAUUGGAGCUUAUGUUGUAAAUGUCACGGAAGCACUUGCUGUAGUGGAAGGAAUCCGCUUGGCAAAGGAGUUGGAGCUUCUCCAAGUGAUUAUCGAGUCCAAUUCAAUCGUGGUGGUUGAAGCCAUUAGUGCAAGCAAUUGUAAUGGAGAGCUGGGUCCGAUCGUUUAG